UAAUCUAAAGCUAUGAAAUGGGAAAAGACAUACUUACCAUAGGUACUUUUUACCAUGAAUUCCCUGAACUUAAUGUGAUUGAUAUCUCAACCUAAAGAUUGCAACACUAUAGACUUCUUUAAAGUUUGAUUUUUCAUGCCACUGAACAUGAGAAAACCUCAGUGUGGGGCAAAAAGGGUGGUAAGCGGAAGGAGAAGUUAAGGACUGAGCUGCUUUGCAGAUCAUAGUGUUUGAAAGUGAGAAGCCGAUUUGACAAGAAGCAAAAACCACACAAUAGAGUACCACGUAAUCUUUCUGCUCACUUUGUUUUACAAAUUUAUUCAAGCACUUCCUACUAUCUUCUGCUGCCUCCUUGCUCUUCUGUAUUUCACAGAUGUCACUGAGGUAGGUAACGUGGUCCAAGCCUGAGGAAUUCAAGGAAAGAAGAGAAGUCUACUGGACUUUUCCCAUCCCUGAUAUGCACAGGAAAUGAAGAGAUCACCUGGCAUGCUUGGAAUUGAGAAAGUGUCCUGGGUGCUCUUCCUAAUCCCACAUCUGGGCAUCUGGAGUAUCAACGGGCAAAGAUCAUGUAAUGAACAACUGUAUGUAAAGAGAUAUUCCACAUACACUGUGUCAGCAGGGAAUCCAUUUAAUCUGGAGUGCCCUGUGAAAUACUGUGCUAAGAAGCCUAUUGUGACCUGGUGCAAGCUCAAAGGAAAAAACUGUUUACCUCUUGCAUAUAAACUUCUGGGAUACACAACUUGGAAAGAAGGGGAGAAUAUUUCAGUUUUUAGUCUUCAUUUUAAUCACACGCUGGCUAGUGAUUCUGGUUCAUACCGCUGUUCUGCGAAUUUUACAUCUGGAGUUAUUGAAAGCCAUUCAGUAACCAUUAAUGUGACAGAACAGACUCAAAAUAAUUCAGAAUACCUUCUAAUAACAUUGACUCACAUUUCAGAUACAACUGGUGCCUCAGGACCACCCUCUCAGGAAGUGACGGCGGACAAACGAUGGAUGCUUUAUAGUUUGCUUCCUUUGGGGGCAUUGCCUCUGCUCAUUACCUGUUUGUGCCUGUUCUUCUGCAUUAGAAGGCACCAAGAAAAAAAGGAGCCUUCUGACACAGCAGGAAGGGAAAUUAACCUGGUUGAUAUUCCCCAGCCCUUUCGGAGUGAGGAAACUGAAGUGGGAACCGGGCAAAAUCCCCAAACAGUGCUAUCAGAAACUGGUACUUAUGAUAACGACCCCUGGUUCAGGGUCCAGGAAGAGUCUGAAGUUUAUUCUAACCCAUGUCUGGAGGAAAACAAGCAGGGCAUUGUUUACGCUUCUUUGAACCAUUCUGUCAUUGGAAUAAACCCAAGACAAUCAAGGAAUGUGAAAGAAACACCUACAGAAUAUGCGGCCAUAUGUGUGAGGAGUUAAAUUCAAUCUUGAUCUCCAACUGGUGAUCACUGAAAGAAAUGCAUGUCAACACCAUUACCAAGCCCAACAAAAGGUUAAAUAACAUUCCUUGACCUGAGAAGCUUCACUUUAAGGAGGUUCAUGUUGGUGCUCGGGUCUUAAGGGUUCAUAGGACAAAUGACUAAAAUUUCUCCCCCCAAAUUCUGAGGGAACUUUUUAUAUGACCCCCUUGAACAACAACACAAAAACCUUUCCCUCCAAGACUAAGUGAUAUUAUGAGUAGCAGAGUGGCAGAAUAUUUAAACGUAGCUACAUUUUACCCAAUGUACAAAGCUAAUAUAUUUUUUGGAGGAUAGGAGACACAUGUAAGUAAGAGAGGUUUGUGUUAUCUGGAUCAGUUCACUACACUCUCUUGACAAAGAAAGGAUGUCCCAAUUUGACUAACUAACCAUCAACACAGUCAUGAUAGUAUGUUUAUUUCUGGUCAUUCUUCCAUGAUGAGAAAUAUUCCUCUGUCCCUCUAAUACUGUUCUUUUUUUUUUAAUGUAAAGAAGUAACUUUAGACUUGAUAUAAGAAAAGAAUGGAAAGCAUAAAUGGUUCAGUAAAGAUGUGGGCUACACCGACUACUAUAGAGCAGAUGCUCCCCAUACCUGACACGCAAAUGGUUUUACAUUGUUGAGCAAAUAUAGGUAGUAAUGGAGCAAUUAAUGUGUGGUGCAUUUAUAAACAAAGUUGUGACUCAGUGGUUAGGUCACAUGGACUAAUGUGUAUGAAUGUGAUAUAAUGCUGCUGAAUUAAUAUACUCGUGGGUGUUUAAAUAAACAUAAAAAUAAGCA